AUGGGAUGGGUGCCCGAUGAGUGGAGCAUAGACCACGACACCUUGAUCGAUGCAGGGGGUUAUGUGCAAAAACUGAAGUUAUACCCGUAUUUCGACGCUGCACAUUACAUUUUAACAUGUAUAUCAGUUCGCCAGGAUCUUGGCAUCGAAGGCAUAUCAUUUUCCCGGAAACAUCCAUUCUCCUGCUGGCUAUCCUGCAUGCUCAUGUCGUUCGCCGGCAGUUUCCUCUCGUGCUUCCUGCUCGGCGAGCCCAUUAUCUCCCCCCUCAAACAGCAUAACGACGUGAUUCUCGGCUCAAUCGUCUGGUAUCUCAUAUUUUAUUCUCCAUUCGACAUAGUCUUUAAACUCGCGAACUGGUUUCCUGUUAAAAUCGUUCUAUCAGUUUUGAAAGAAAUCCAAAGAACUCAUAAGAUCGCAGCAGGCGUAAAACAUGCCGGACGGAUUUAUCCAGAGUCUUAUCUUGUGCAAAUUCUCGUUGGAGUUGCAAAAGGAGCCGGGUCCGGAGUCGUCAAGAUCGUGGAGCAACUAGCGAGAGGUACUUGGAUUCCAACAAAUCAUGAAAUUCUCCGCCCAUCGUUUACCACAAAAGCCUGUGUUAUCGCAUCACUGGUGUUCACUCUAGAACGUCACAGUAUGUAUGUAACAGCUCCUCAUGACCUAGUUUAUCUGUGUGUUGUUGGCUUCUUCAUCUACUUCAAACUGGCAUCGUUGUGUCUCGCCGUUCACGAUGUGCUUAUGCCGAUUGAAAACGUUCUUUGUGCAGUUUUUAUGGGUGGAAUUAUUGAUGCAUUUGCCAAAGCCGUUGACGCUACGAAACAAGCCAUACAUAGCAACCGCGGGAUGUCAGAAGAGGAGAUUCUGGCUAACGAAAAAGAGAAAAUGCUCAAGAAAAAGAAGGCAGCACUUCAACAGCAAAUGUCAAAUGGAGCUGAUAAGAAGAAUAAUUGA